CAAUCAAUCGCCCUGAGAACCGGAAGCACCUCAGACCGCUCUUCACUUCGUACUUGUGUUGAAAGAAGUUCAUUUAUUCAAGUCGAUUUCUGUUAUACACCAUCGUGUUCAUUGAGAUGUUAAACCAUGAUUGAGCCAAAGAAGAGACCGGGGGACAUGGCUUUGGUUCCUGCCGGCGGAGUCAAGAGGCCCAGGACGGAGCUGAUCGCCGCGACACAGUCGCAACAGCUCGUGGCCAUGGGCCCCCCCCGCAGCUCCAGCCUGCAGGCUCCCAUCAUGCUGAUGUGUGGCCAUGAGGGAGAGGUCUACUGCUGCAAGUUCCAUCCCAAUGGAGCCACCUUGGCCUCCUCUGGCUAUGACAGGCUCAUCUUGAUGUGGAAUGUGUAUGGGGAUUGUGAUAACUUUGCCACCCUGAAGGGACACAGUGGAGCUGUGAUGGACCUUCACUACAACACAGACGGCAGCCUGCUGUUCAGUGCCAGUAUAGAUAAGACAGUGGGAGUGUGGGACAGUGAGACGGGUGAGAGAAUCAAGCGUCUAAAAGGCCACACCUCCUUCAUUAACUCCUGCUACCCUGCUCGACGCGGACCCCAGCUCGUCUGUACCGGCAGUGACGAUGGAACUGUCAGGCUGUGGGACAUCCGUAAGAAGGGGGCGGUCCAUACGUUCCAAAACACCUACCAGGUGUUGGCUGUCACAUUCAACGACACCAGCGACCAGAUCCUGUCUGGGGGCAUCGACAAUGACAUCAAGGUGUGGGACCUGAGGCAGAAUAAGCUGGUCUACAGUAUGCAUGGUCAUGGUGAUUCUCUGACUGGACUCAGCCUGAGCUCAGAGGGGUCCUACCUCCUCUCCAACUCCAUGGACAACACAGUGCGUAUUUGGGACGUCCGUCCGUUCGCUCCCAAGGAGAGGUGUGUGAAGAUAUUCCAGGGGAGCAUUCACAACUUUGAGAAGAACCUUCUGAGGUGUUCCUGGUCCGCUGACGGCAGCAAGAUUGCAGCAGGCUCAGCCGACAGGUUUGUAUAUGUGUGGGACACCACAUCUCGUAGGAUCCUGUACAAGCUGCCAGGCCAUGCUGGGUCAGUCAAUGAGGUCGCCUUCCACCCUGAGGAGCCUAUUGUCCUCUCUGGUGCCAGUGACAAGAGACUCUACAUGGGAGAGAUUCAGUAGGACUGUUGUUUGUGUGUGUGUGUGUGUGUGUGAGAGAGAGAGAAGGGUAAUUGUGUGUACAUCUGAGUGUGUAUGUUCUGCUCCGUUGUGUGAAUGAUCAGUACUCUGUACUUUUUUAUGCUUCUGUUUAUUUAAUAAUGAGACAGUAUUUUGAGUUUAUAAUUUCCAGUCACAACAACCAACACCUGUAAUUUUUAUUUUAUUUCUCUUAAUAAACUACUUCUGGAAGAAUGUUGUUGUUCUUCCGUUUCCUGUU